AUGCAGCCGCGGAGCUCCGUGUUUCGCCACCGCGCUCGGCUGCACGAGGAGGCGGAGGCCGGCCGCGCGAAGGGUGGCGUAAUCAGCGAGGCGACGGAGGAGGAGAAUGACGAGCUUAUGCGUGCGCUGCUAGGCGACGUGCGCUCCGUCCGGCACAAAUUCACCGCGAUAGGGGAGGAGGUGCGGCGGCACAACACGCUGCUGGACACGCUUGACGCGGUUUUUGGCCGCACCCGCGCGCGUCUCGGGCGGACACUGCGGCAGUUGGAUGUGGCGGGUGUGACGAGCGUCACGCACAUGUGGGUGCUGUUUGUGUUUGUUCUCGUCUUCUUUUUGUUGGUGUACGCCAUGUUGAAGCUUCAUUGA